AACAAACCCUCCCUCCCCUCCUUCUCUCUCACCCUUCUGCCAUUCCUUCUGAAUGCUUAAUUCCUCAUCAUCCAUUAAUGGGAGAUCAAAAGGCAAGAACCAGCACCGUCUCCCUAGAUGAAUCUACCUCCGCCAUUUCCAUACCUUCCACCCCUUCAUCAACCCCAAGCCCUCCUCCUCCCCCACUCCGUCACCCCAUCUCCCUCGUCCACCCCCCAACCCAGGAGAAAAAACACAAGACCAAAACCAAAGUCUUCCGUGUCUUCCGCUCCGUUUUCCGUUCUUUCCCCAUCAUCACCCCGACCGCAUGCAAGAUCCCGGCCCUCCCCGGAGGCCUCCCAGACGCCCACCGGGGGUCUUCCAGAACACGAGUCACGGGAACUUUAUUUGGGUAUCGCAAGGGUAGGGUAAGCCUCUCCAUACAAGAGACUCCCCGGUGCUUCCCCACGUUGGUCAUUGAGCUCGCCAUGCAAACGAACAUGUUACAGAAGGAAUUGAGCUCCGGCAUGCUGAGGAUUGCGUUGGAAUGCGAAAAGCCGGCCGACAAAGUAAAAACAAAGAUAUUCGAAGAGCCGCUGUGGACGAUGCAUUGCAAUGGGAAGAAGACGGGUUAUGGAUUAAAGAGGGAGGCGAACGAGGAGGAUUUAUACGUACUGGAGGUGCUGAGAGUGGUAUCCAUGGGGGCGGGGGUGAUGCCCCGGCAUUCCAUGGUGGAAGGCCCAGAUGUUGAGUUGGCCUACUUAAGGGCCCAUUUUGAUCGGACCGUGGGCUCGAAGGACUCCGAGACAUUGUACAUGCUGAGCCCUGAAGGGAAUAAUGGACCUGAGCUUAGCAUUUUCUUUGUGAGGAUUUGAUAAAUGAUGGGAUUCAUGGGUUUUGGGAGGAUUUUUUUUUCGACGUUGGGCUUUGGGAGGGUAAUAGAAUAAUUAGAAAUCUCAAUUUAAUAAAUUAUAGUUUUUCAA